AGACACGUGUGAGGGACUAGCAACGAAUGGGAGCAUGUCUAACCAUUGAGAGCAGUCAGAUGUCUGGCUGUCGAGGAAUGCAGGGAGUUGGCAGGGGUGUUGGAAGAGAUGAGUCUGUUGGUAAGAAGACUCGGUGGUGCACGGUGUCUGAGCCGGAGCAGAGGAAGUGCGCAGAGCUGGCCAAGGCCCUGGUGACCGUGCUGCCUCCUGCUGCAGUAUCAGCCUUUGCAAGACUCUCGUGCAUCCAGGCCUACAGUACGGCAGACUGCAUUAACAAGAUUCGGGCAAACCGUGCUGAUGCAAUAACGCUGAAUGCAGGGGAAGUGUACACUGCCGUCAAGCAGUUUGGCCUCACUGCUGUUGCAAAGGAGAUCUACAGUGAUGGUGGCUGUGUGCUUGCGGUGGCUGUGGUGAAGAACGGCAGUUUAGAUGUGCGCUCACUACAAGGCCAUCGCAGCUGUCACACUGGGGUCCGGUGGACUGCGGGUUGGAGUCUGCCUCUUGGGUUUCUGCUCUCCCGCAACUACCUGUCCUGGGCAGAAGAGCAGCCUCUCACCCAGGCGGUCAGUGCCUUUUUCAGUGCCAGCUGUAUCCCAGGGGCUGCAGCCAUAGCUCCCAGCCUGUGCACUCUGUGCCAGGGCCAGAAGUCCUACAUUCGUCAGCGUAACUUUCACUGUGAGACCUCCCACAACGAGCCCUUCUACAACAGCCAGGGAGCACUGAGGUGCCUCAAGACUGGCAAAGGGGAAGUUGCAUUUGUGGACCAUAUUGCCCUUGACAGUAUUGAAGAGUGGGAGAGGGAGGACUACAGGCUUCUCUGCACAGAUGGGUCACAUGCCAAUCUUAGUGAGUUCCAGAGAUGUAAUCUGGGACGAGGGCCUGGAGGAGCGGUUGUGACACGUGUCAACUACCGCAAGAUAGCUCGAAAGUUCCUGCAGGUAGCACAGAUGGCAUUUGGUCGCCGAGGGCGUGAUAGGCAGCGUUUCCAACUUUUUGAGUCUCACUCUUAUGGCUCCAGUGAUCUGCUGUUCCGAGAUAAGACAGAGAAGUUGGCUAUUCUCCCUGACAGUGACAUCAGUCAGGUCCUAGGGCUGGACUAUGUGGCUCUUCUGAAAGGGCUUGGACAUGAAGGGAGCUCCUUAGAAGACAGUGUCAUUCGCUGGUGCUGUAUCAGUGAGGCGGAGCAGAGGAAGUGUGAGCAGUGGGCCCUCAGUAUCAAGUCUGACCCACUGGUGUGUGUGAGGGCCUCCUCCAUGAGUAACUGCAUCAAGAUGAUCAAGAGAGAUGAAGUAGAUGCUGUAUCACUGGAUGCUACACAUGCCUUCAUUGCUGGAAAGUGCGGCUUAGUUCCUGUGGUUGCAGAAUAUUAUGGGGAAAAAUGUAUACCAACAGAGGCAGUAACAGAAGGAGUUGCCCAUUUUGAAAGUGAUGUGUUUCCAUCAGUGUUUGCGGUGGCAGUGGUACGGCGCUCCAGUAGGAAUGUGUUCUUUGGGAAUCUGGCUGGCCGACGUUCCUGCCAUGGCCACAUGUACAGCCCUGCAGGUUGGCUGAUGCCUGCCAGACACACCCUAAGCUCUCAAUACAACAGCAGCACCCACUGUGACCCAAGCAAAGUAUACAGUGAGGUCUUCUGGAAGGGAUGUCUGCCAGGUUCCCAGGGUAGUCUCUGUAAGGUGUGCAUUGGGGGAACUGCUGAAUCUGGAACAAAGCGCUGUAGUGACAACCACAACGAGCGUUACUAUGGGAAUAUGGGGGCACUGAGGUGUUUGGUAGGAGACCCCAGUGGGAAGACCUAUGGAGAUGUAGCAUUCCUGGAGCAACACAAUUUAGAGGACAACAUUAAGAGUCUGGGCUCUAGUGGCUGGGCAGAGGGCUGGCUAGCUUGGGAUUUUGAGCUGCUGUGUCAAGAUGGUCAACGGGCAUCCCUUUCCCAGUGGGAGAGCUGUCACCUUGGUGCCAUACCACCAAAUCUUGUCAUGACCCGCCCCAUACUCACCGCCCGUGUCUAUGAUUUUCUCAUGAAGUCACAGGAAACACUGGCAGCACACCCAGAUGAAUUCAAUCUCUUUCAGUCCCAACAAUAUGGCGAGAGUGAUCUACUUUUCAAAGAUGUCACACGGUGCUUUGUCCAUACAAGCCACCUGGACUAUCGAGCCAUCUUGGGAGAAGACUUCUACAGGACAGUGGAGACUAUCUUCAACUGUACACAGUCUGAAAUCUUGGAGUUCUGUACUCAGGAUGUAUGUACCAUAUUCUGAGCAUCUGUUACAAGUGGGAACACCAGAGAACCUAUAAGCCAGGCCUCAUUCCGCCUCUCCAUCUAUGAUAGCUACCACAUCCUGUCACAACAGUAUUAAGAAAUGACACGUUUACAUUCACUUUCACUUUCAUUCAUUUGGCAGAUACUUUUGUCCAAACUUCAGCUGCCAGUUAUGGCAAACAACAUACUGUAGAUUGCUAUCUUUGUUGUGCAAACAAAAAAAGUCAGAACAGAGUAGAACACUAUAUUAAUGCAAAGCAAAUCAGAUUCAACAUAAGUGAAUGACAUUAGAUAUUAAGUACACAAAUAGUUAGCAAAUGGAUCUUACAAUUAAUGAAUAUUAUAAUUAAGGUGCCAGGGGUAUUUUAAUUUACUCUUUAUUUUUUGCCUUGUGCUCAUGCAUAUCUGGUUUCCUGAGGCAUUCUGCUCCAUUAAAUUUCAGUACCAUUACAAAUGUAGAACUGGGAGAAUACACUCCUCAUUCAAAUAAGUAGAUGGUAGCAAGUCAUAUAUUUGAUAAUGUUACAUUUUGGGACUGCCUGUAUAUAUUGUUCAGAGAACUAUUGAAACAGAAUGCCUGUUGUGACACUUUUAGUUAAAAAAAGGGUAACAAAAUUGUGAUAGUUUUAGUGAAAAUAGGGAAACAAAGUUUUAGUAUCUCAUCUCAUUAAAACAAGCUGACAGAUUCCUAAUAAAAUUAAGCAGACAACAGGUGCACCUUAAAUUAUGUCCAGUGUUCUAUUUCACUUAAGGUGAAAUUAUGUAUAAUAUAAAUGUUUACUUCCAAGCACUUUGCAUGCUCAUAUUAUGUCUGUGUCCUAAAAUGACAGAAUAUGCUAGAAAAUGUUCUUUCCAUAAUGUCAUAUUUGUGAUUGACAUUUCUUCUUAUAAACAAUGGGUCAAUUUAAUGGAGAGAACUUUAUUUAAUAAAGAACUUUAUCAGCAAAUGUCAAUAUUUGUUGCAAAUAUACAGUACAAAAAUUCAUCAGCGGCCUUUCCAUGAAAAGAUGAGACAACAACUUAAAACUGAGGACCAGGAAGGCAGGCAGGGUCAUUCAGUCAUUCAUUUUUCCAUUUCCAAAACUGAUGAUGAAAAAUAAUGCUGUAUGUUUUCUGCAUAUGCGGUCAGACUCAGAUGUCACACAAAAAUAUAAUAAGGCAAACAGCAAAAAGAAAAGUGCUAUUGCAGAUGCUAGAUAGCUGAGCAAACAUUUCAGCUCCAUGCUUUCUUCAGUGCUCAGAAAGAUGCAAUACAUGGUUCACAUAAAGGAGUGAUCUAUUAAUGAAGAGAUACCUUACAGGUGGGAUAAUUAGAGGACCAUUUUUUGAAGUCACAAAUUGGAUUCACAGGAUCCAACAGCAACUAUAUUUUAUAUAAAUUCAUGAUGAAUCUGCAAGAGAAAAUACUAAAUUAUACAUAAAGACUAAAUUAGAGAAAACAAUUAAGGAUGAGGUUGCCAUUCAUGCCAUAAGGGACCAGUGACUUGAGCUCAAAAAGAGCCUUCUGUUUGAAAUAGUAUGACAUCUACUUCAAGUAUGACAGUUGCCUCCUAUAUGUGUGGAGGAAUCCGGUCAAUGCCUAAAAACAUAAAUCUGCCAGAGAAUUUGAAAUGUUGGGAGACAAAUGAUUUAUCCCCAUGCCUCUGGAAUAGUGUUCUUAUGCUUUAUAGUUCUGGUCUGUAGGGAGUGUGUACUUUUACCAAUGUAUAAUAAAGGACAAGUACCUUUGACAUGCACUUUUACCAAUACAGGAAAGCACACCCUUAUCCAACCCAUAGAGUGUAUGGGAACUAGAGGGGACUGGGCAGUGAAGUGCCUGGAAGUCUGUAUGCUAAGCAUGAAAGAGCUUUCUUCCCAUUCAACUCAAUUUAGAAAAUCAAGCCGAUUUGACUGUAAGUUGAAGAAACAAGUCUCCCAAGUGAAUUAACAAAGCUAUAUGGGAGAGGAGAGUUUGAGGGGGAUUCCCAUUAUAAUGGGAAUUAUAAUUACCAUUGAAGGUCAUUAUAAUAUAAUAUUGGCUUAUUUCAGAGGAGUUUUACAUAAUUAGUUCACAGUUUCAACAAUUUUAUGAUGAGCAAGGCCCAGACAAUAUAUACACUCAAUAGGAAGAGGUUUUACAGUGGAAAUUUUGAGAUAUGUCCAGUUAAAAUCAUUAUAACUGUGUAUGAGCAUUUAUGGCAACAGUAUCUUUCAGAGACCAUUAUACAUGAUUUUUACAUAAUUAGAUGGUUGUUUCAACUGUUUUGUAAAGAGCAUGGCCCAGACUGUAGGCACACUGUGGAAAAUGUGAGACAUGCCCAUUUAAGGUCACUGUAACAUAAUAUCAGCUUUUAUGGUAACACUAUCUUUCUCAGAGAUCAUAACAUGGGAUUUUUACAUAAUUACAUUGCUGUUUGAACUGUCUUGUAAUGAGCGUGGCCCAGACUGUAAGCAUACUCAACUGAUGAACUUUUGCGCUUUUAUUUUGAAAUCAUUGCUCAUAUAUUGCACAAGAAGAUAAACCCUUAAGUUCGCUCGCUUCCGCAGCCGGUUGUGUCCUCUAGUUUCGUAAUGUCAGUGUGAUCUGUUGUCCUCUGUGUAGUUAUCUCACUUAUUAUGGGAUAACUCUUGAUUCGGAGCGUGACUCAGACGACCUUUUUUGUAAAGAACUUAAAAUCUGAAGAAAAAAAGGCUUUGACAGAAAUAAGAAACAUGUCAUACUCUGGAAAAAAAUUCCCCAACACACAAGGUUUUACUACAAUGGACACAUUUUAAACCUUCCAGAUCUGAGAGAGGAACUGGACAUCCACUAAACCUGAGAGCGAUGACAACCUCGAUCAGAGAGCAAAAGACAAAUG